AUGGUUCUGUUCUGGUUCCAGCCUGAAGAGACAGUGACCUAUGUACCUGCCACUUACACACCGGACUUUGUAUAUGUCCCUGACAAUGUCUACCCCGUGUACUACCCUGUCUACUCCGUGUACUACCCUGAGUACUGCCCUGUGUUCGAGCCAGUGUACUACCACGACCUGACACCUGACAUCUACCCCAAACCGUCAACGGUGGAGACUGCUGUAGAAGAAUGCUUCCUCCCAUCUCCACAGCUUCCUCAGGACCAACAGCCAGUUCUGCCCAAAUGGGAGCCCACACUGACUACAAUUCAGGAACACAAUGAUGAAGAUCGGGACAUUACAGGCAACAACUUUCUGGGAGGAAGAGCCAUGUUUCCACCAGAGACCGUGUUUGUACCCCAAGACGUGUCUCCACCUGAACCUGCGUCUCCCCCUGAAGCUCUGCCUGAGACUUUGUCUCCACCUUUGUCUGAACCUGAACUGGCCUCAGACCUUCCUCCUGUACAGACAGAUAACAUUGCGUCCAUCGACUCUUCACCACUCGUCCCACUGACAUGGGGACAAAUUAUGGACGCAUUGGAUGCUGAGCUGGAGGAGGCGCAGAAGGAGCAGGAGGUCAGCAAGGAGAUGGAGAGUUAUGAACUGCUAGAGGAAAAGAUGGAGAAACUUAUUGAGAAGAAGGACAAAAUUGAGGAGGUCAUAGACGAGAAGGAAAAGGUGGAGGAAUUGAAUAAAAAGAAAAAGAUAGAGCAGAGGAAGAAGACAGUGGAUGUUCGGAAGCAGACGUUUGCCUACAGCACACAAAAGCCAAAGGGAGUUGAACUGUUCAUAAGGGGUUUGGACUUGAAGAUCGAUGAGCAGCGCCUCUAUAAGUUGUUCCAACCAUUCGGGAAUAUCAUCAGAGCUAAGCUUAUGACAAAAAACGGACAGUCAAAGGGAUAUGGAUACAUCACAUAUUCCUCUGAAGCUGAAGCUAAGACAGCUAUCAGGGAGAUGAAUUGGACAAUUGUGGAUUCAAAGAUGCUGAAUAUUACUCUGUCCAAAACAGAAGAGGAACGUGCACAGCAGAAGAUGGGAAGUGGCUGGAAAAGAAGGACAUGA